AUGGUUAAAUAAUAAACCUAUGAAAAUUGUUUUUUAAUGCGUUUUGAAAUAUGGUGAUAAGGAAAUGUUUAAAGAAGAUGCAUGGUAUAAAUAACUCGGAUUUUAAUUAAAUUACAUAUUUGAAAAACCUCUACAUUGCAGUGAAUAUCAAAAAUGAAAUUUGUAGUACUUCUCCUUUCUACUGUUUUUGUGAUAACAGUGCAUGGAGCUCCUCAAUUCCCUGGAAUGCCCGGCGGAAUGCCUGCUGGAAUGCCUGCUGGAAUACCUGGAUUAGAUGCAUUGGGUCAAAUGGCUGGGAAUGUUGGAGCUGGAAUGAAUAUGGGAUUUGGUGGUGGAAUAGGAGCAAAUGGCGGAGCCGGAGCCGGAGGAGCAGCAGGAGCAGGAGGAGGAGCAGGUGCAAAUGCAAAUAUGGGAGCAAAUCUGGGAUUUGGACUUGGAGCAAAUGCGGGUGCCAAUGGUGGAGGUGGAGGUGGAUUUGGAAGAAAAUGAAUAAAUGCAACUACUUUUGUCAAUUUGAAUACUUUUAAUUUGUAGAUAGUAUUGGAGAAAUUAAAAUGUUUCA